UCAAGCAAAAUUAACAACAAGUCCAUGUGUGUUUGUUUUGUAUUCGAUUUUGAUGAAUUGUUUGACUAUUCUGGAUUUUCUGAGUGUGUAUUUUUCACUUCCCAAGCAGAAAAUGCAAAUAAAAUACCACUUUCUGACGCUGUCACAGAAUCGCAAUUUGAAUUCUGCAGCAGCCUUCUUCAAAAGACUGGAAUUCUCAGUUCCGAUGAAGCUAUUGUUUUGAACAGGCUGUUCACACUUGCAAAUUUUCGAACAUAUCUUUCGAUAGACGAAGCAAAAAGGCUGUCUUUAAUCCUUGACAAAUCCAUGUGUGAUAUAACACCAUUUUCCUUUCUAAAAUUGAAAGAAGUGUCUUGUGGGAAUCUUCUGCUUCCCUUUAUUUGUACCCGGCAGCUUUUAGACCAUGUUCUAACUUCAAUCAAAAAUGCACUCGAACUGUCAAAUUUAUUUAUCAGGUGUGUGCUUCCUACAAUUACUUUUUCAGCAGGAGGAUUUAUGAGCAAAGAGGUUAGGGCUGAGAUGUCCUUUCCUGGGUU